AAGAGAAAAAAAAAAAUCAUUUUUACAAAAUUUAAAUCUACUCAAUGAAUGCCAUCAUAAAUUUAAAUCACUUUUGUGAAGUACAUGGACCUCAAACAAUUUUUACAACACAAACAAUUCGAGAUAAAUCUUAUAUCCAAACUACAUCGUCAAAUGAAAGUUCUAGUCAAAAUAUAUUAAAUUGCGAAUCGUGCAGCUCAAUAGGAAGUAAAUUGUUUUUCGUUAGUGAAGAUAACUCGAUUAUGUUUGUGAGCAGUGAAAAGAGUCUGUUUGGGAAGGAACAUCAGAAUGCAUUAAAGCAGGCGGCACUAAGAUCUUUGUGUGAGAUAUCCUCAAACAAAGAUGAGAACCUUGUGUUUUUCGGUGACUCCAGAAUCAACUCAUUGUGCUACUCGUUCAAAAUUAAAGACUCAUAUGCCCGAGGCUUCGAGAAACUCUACUCAAUAGUCAUCUUAAUGAAAGAUAAAAUGUUCUUGCUCAAUUCGCAGCCAUUUUUAGCUCAAAAUAUCAAAGAAAUCGCAAAGCAAAUCCAGGAAAGUGCAUUAAAAGUAUAUGAAACUGAACAAAAGCAAUUUUCACAGCGGGCUGAAAGGUUGAAUACCGGAAAAUUGUCAGAUUUACCAUCAAGAUCACUUAAAGAUCUAGUUGGCGAGCAGCACAUCUUUGCACAACUGCAUUCAUUAUUUUCAUGGAUUUUAUGGGCUGGUGCAAGGUAUUUUACAGAAGUAUUAACUCUUGGAAGUCCUUCAAUGCCAUCAUUUUGUAAAGAUUCGCCAGACGGAUUUGCAUUUAUUAGCAUUGAUAAAGAGGAGUUUAUGAUGCAAAACUUCCCAUCAGGAAUUGGCGACAGUGCAAUUUACGACGGUGAAUACAAUUUGAGAAACUUGAAGCAAAUCAGCAAAUUGUCAUUUAAUCAACUUCUGUACUGCUGUCUUGUUGGUGUCCAAAUUGUAAUUCGUGGUAAAAACAACGAUUUUUAUAAAUAUUUUAAGGAAUUCAUGCCACAAGCAUUUCAUCACUUAAUUGUCGAGUCUCCAAAGUACACCAACAUCCAAAAAUGUAGAAUCCUUUCUUUGCCCUCAACUGACAUUUUUAUACCUCAAAAUAAUGUCUGUCGUAUUGACUUUAUGGAUGAACUUGAUGUGCCUACAUUUAUAAAAUAUCCAAUGGAAUUACCAUCGAAGCUUCCAACUUUAAUGAAUAAAAUUCUUUAUGCUGUGGAUGAGAAGCUGUUUACAAAUCACACAAUGCAUAAGUACGUUCAAGCUUUAGUCGAGGAAUGGAAGAACAAGAUUAUUUGUCUGUCACAUCAUCACCAUCAUCAUGAUGAUAUAGCGAAGUUGAAGAAGGUUUUAGAAAUACAGUCACAUGAUGAGGAUCUUGUAAAAUAUUGGCUCAGUGUUUUAUAAUCUGUGGUUAUUUGUUAUAGUCUUUUGAAUCUUUGUGAAUAAUUUAAUUAAAAUUGUUGUAAAAAC